ACAUCUUUCUGGGAAGUUGACCCCUUGGAGAGUUUCAUCGACUCGGAGCGCUUGCUUACAAGUUACUACACACCGUUGUUGUCUGUGAGGCCUGAGAUUUGGGGCUCUCUUGGCGAUACCUACACCUUGCAGCCUGUAGUCCGACACAUUAUAUGGUCUGCAGACCACAAUUAGCAACGAACCAUAUUGUUGGCAGAUCACGAUGAGUGACUACAAGGCCUCGAAGGAGGCUUUUGUCUCUGGAAUGACUGGCUCGACAGUAUUUCAUGUAAAUAUGAUAAGCGGCGUUGCACUGUCUUCGAUUGCCCUCCAUUCAGCACUGCGUUCGCGUGUUCAAGCAUUUGGAUCCGCAUAUUUCUUGGCAGAGUUUGUAAUACUUGCCAUGCCUCUGUUAUUGUCUAUGACCUUAUUCGGGGAAGCUCCUGGCGCAUUGUCUCUCCUACUACUCGUACCGGUGCUUGUUUUGCUCCUUCUUCCCCCUCUUGAAAAAGGCACGCCUUUACCGGCCGAAAGUCGGGAUGAACUAGCUUCGCCGAAUGGAAGAAGUCGAGCAGAGACUCCACCGAUGCACUUAUCUCAGUCCCUCAGACCCUUACCUGCUCUGACCACCUACCGUGCUCACAUGAUGUUAAUGACAGUUCUGUCUAUACUUGCUGUUGAUUUUCCAGUGUUCCCUCGUGUUCUAGCAAAGUGUGAGACGUAUGGUGUUUCUUUGAUGGACAUUGGCGUUGGCUCGUUUGUAUUCUCUCAAGGCGUGGUGUCUGCGAUUCCAAUCAUCAAAGACAUAUCCUACCUCCAGGCUCCGAUCCUUCCUAAACUGAAGUCCAUCUCCCGUAAGAUGAUACCCAUCAUUGCGUUAGGCAUUCUUCGCGUCGUGCUCGUUAAAGGGACUGAAUAUCCUGAACAUGUGACAGAGUACGGUGUACACUGGAAUUUCUUCUUCACGUUUGCUCUUUUGCCUAUCAUUGAGGUCUUGUUGCAUCCUAUCAUCUUGCGCAUCCCCGUCGCUCUGCUGGGUCUUUGGAUUGGGGUUUUGCAUCAAUUCGCACUGUCAUCCGGAGGAAUGAAGGACGUGCUGCUCAACGCCUCACGGAGCAACAUUAUUUUCGCGAACAAAGAGGGGCUACUCUCCUUAUUGGGUUAUGUUUCGAUCCACAUACUCGGCCUGUCCUUAGGAACCAUCAUACUUCCUCCCUCCCCUUCGUUUUUCCGGAAGCAGCAGCAGCAGUUGCUCGACGGGCCAUCCUCUCACCGACCUAGCAAACUUGAUCCUUCAGCACCCAGACAGAAUGCAAAGGUCAUCAUUGAGUUGAUGUCGUAUUCAGUGGUUUGGUGGAUGCUUCUAGCCUUCGUAAGGCUUGGAUUAGAAGUUUCGAGAAGAAUGGCAAAUAUCUCAUAUGUCCUCUGGGUUGCAGCUUACAACACCUCUUUCAUCCUUGGUUACAUUUUCCUCGACAUGAUAUUCUUUCCCACCAGAACGUCAAAGAUACGAGAUCCAACUGAUCCUUCGGGCAAACGGCUCCUCAUCGAGGAAAAGGGGUCGAAAAGCAGCGCACCUGCACUGUUGGAGGCUAUUAAUAAGAAUGCAUUCAUCGUGUUCUUGCUGUCAAAUGUGGUCACCGGUCUGAUCAAUCUCAAUAUCCAGACUAUGUUCGUGGGUAACGUGAAAGCAAUGUGUUUACUGUGUGCAUACUCUAUGGGCAUGUGUGUUUUUGCAUGGCUUUUUAGAAGCAAACGAUUAUGGAAAUUGUGAGGUCGUUUUAAAAUAUACCAAAUACCAUACACUUCACGAGACGUUUGUUUGAAUUUUUUCGCUGUUUCAGUUUUCAGUUCACUGCGUCUCAAGCUGAGUGUGAUCGAGGUACAGUGAUAUGUGAGGCAUGUGCUCCUGGCAGUAUGAAUUCUAUCACGCAUCACAUGCACGCACCACGUACAUAAAACAGUUCCAUAUAAUAAGUCGAUUUGGAAGUUGGGCUCUGCUUGAUUAUGUAAAGGUCUCAGAAGGGACAUUUUCUCACUGUUCAAAUACGCCAAGGACCUCUCUAACCGGAUUCAUGAUGUGUGCUCCCAAAUUCACUUUUUAGACAGAGUGAAGUUGUUCCUUACGAAUAACCUGCGAGAAAAUCUCCAAAGCUGCUUGGGGCUGGAAGGCAGG